CAAGGCUGCUGGAGAUGAGCGCGUGUGGGUCCAGCCACGCACUGCCACUGCCGCAGCGCAGCUGCCAACGCAGCGCCUGCACCACCUCCUGCAGCACUGCCCGCCCUGCCUGCACGUGCUGUCACCCUGCAGCGUUCUGCCACCAUCCAACGAAGCCAGGGCUGCACGGGCUGCUGCUGCUGACGCUGCUGCCUCUCUGCUCAUCGCUCGCAGCAAAG